UAUCGUUUUUAAAAUUCCUGUGUAUCUUUUAAAACACUUGUGUCUUUGUUCAAGAAACCGUGUUAUCUUAUAGUCAGUUAUAAAAAUACCUACAUUGUUUGUUGAUGUAAGUAAACGACAGGAUUAUGAAAUUUCUCGAGUGCUAGGAUUCCACCAAUCAAUAAAAGCGUAAGAGCGCCGGCGCAAGCGCCUCUUUUACACAUAGUAUCAAUAUAAUUCAACGCGGAACUAUCGAUACUGUGUAAGAACAAGUUUUCUCAGUGGCAGUGCAACGAAAGCCACAUAACAGUAGUGUAUGUAUGAAUGAACAAUCUGCUCCGCAGUUCAAACUGAAGUCUCGCAGCUAACUACACGCGCAGUGACGUGCUAGCCGUUAAACCGGAGAUGUUUCAGGUCUCGCGUUGAAAAUGAAGAAGUGGAUGUUAGCAGUCGUAUGAAUGGUAACAGUCAGAGAGCUCCCCCUUGGCCAGUAACCCAGUUAAAAAACGAAAUCAUGUUUGUUUUACCAAAGCAAUUGAGUGCAGGUGAUCAGAUCACUGUUGCUGGCAACAUGAUCAAUAACCCACAAACAUUGACAGUGAGUCUUAUAACAGGCAGUAUGUCUCCUGACUAUCAAAAUAUUGCAUGCCAACUAGAAGCAUCAUUUCCAGCCAAUCCCAUAAAUCCAAACCGAUUACAAUUGAAAGUUAUUCAAAAUGGUUCAAAUGAAACAAUCCCUGGAGAUUAUCAAUCAUUUCUUGCUACAGAAUUAUUCACAGACUUGAGCUUCAAAUUUGGCUUCUCCCUAAGAGUAAGUGGAAGCUAUCAAAGUGGACACAUAUUAGAAAUUUAUGUUGGUGAAUCAUAUUUGGAACAAAUUAUAUUAAAACAUAACAUAGAUGAUAUAAGAUUCUUGUCAUUGAGUGGUGAUGUUGCUAAAGUUGAAGAUUUAGAAUUUAAGUUUGCAUGAAAACCAGACAUAGUAAAUAUCUACUUAAAAAUAAGUACUCAAAGUACACAAUUCAUUAUACUUGUGUUUAAUAAUUUUUCUCUAUAGCUCCUGUAAACCUUUGUAAACAAUGUGUAUUCUUCAAAGUGUUUUAAAGUUUUUUUUUUAUAUUUGACAUAUUUUCUACAUUAUUUAAUGUUGGUUAAAUAAUGAGACAAAAUUUCUUCUUUAUUUUUUCAGUUUUAAUGCUGGCCAUAAUAAAUUAUUUAUCUUUUAUUUUGUGACUAUGUAUAGGAAAUAGUAUUAUGCAUUUAUUUUUUAAUUAAUUACACUCUGUAAUUGUACUACAUUGUUGAUUUACCUUUUAUUAUUCCCAUUUAAUUGUUAUUUAUUUGGAUAAGAAAGGUAGUAUUAAGAUUUUGUUUAUCCCACCAUCAGUAAAUACAAUUUUUAUUUUUAUUUAUGCAUUUAAGAAACUUUAUUCCGAUUGCAAGUAAAGCUUACAGCUUAUUUUAAUUUAAGUAUUAUUUAGUGGAAUAUUUGUGCAGCUAUUUUUGUUUUUUCUUGUGUUAUGUUGUAGUAACAAUU